AAGUGUCCACGAGCUCCUGCGUCCGGUCGUCGUCUUCUUCUUCUUCUUCAGCGAAGAGAUCAAAGCUUUCAAUCGACAAUGGCGCUAGACGACGACAGAGAAAUCCAAGCACUGCCUUCUUCCUUAUUCCUUCCGGUUCCAUCUCCAAUGCUACCGAUUCCCAGAUUCAGUCGCGGGAAGGAUGGAGUCCUCGAGCUCCACCACCAGGUUCAAGUUCAGAGAUCACCAGGAUAUGGAUGCUUCCGCCCUCUCCGACGCCAGCUCCGUCAUAUCCUCCCUCUCCAGCGACCCCCUCGACAUCGGAGAUGACGAUGACGACUACGACGGGGCGGAUGACUCCGACCUCCAGUCCAUGACCGCCACGGGGAUCAAGCAUCUCUGCUCGGAGCUGCUUGAGCUGAAGGCGGCGUCAGAUGAGGAGUUCCAGGAGAACAUCUUUGCUAAUUACUCAGCAUUUGUAAGGAUAUUUGAGGAAGUGGAAGGGAUAGAAAAUGAACUCAUGAAGCUUAAGAAUCACGUUUCGAAUCAAAAGAAAUUUGUAAAGGAACUUGUUGAUGGCAUAUACGUGAAGCUGAUAGUCGAGGAGGCUGAGGAAUCAGUUAUUGAAGAUUCAGUAUCUGAUGAACUAAACUCACCAAGCAAACUCAAGGCUCAUAUCAAUUAUGUCUCGGAGACUCUUGACACGCUCUUAUCUGAAAACAGAUUCGAUGAAGCUCUUGAUAUUGUAGAAAUAGAAGAUGAAAAUCUUGAGAGGCUGCAGCGCAGAAAAGGUUCAUCAGCCGGUUCUUUGAAGUUGUAUAAUUCAGUAAUCGUUGAGGGGACGAGCGUACUCAUGCUGAAGCUCAGAGUGGUGGCUGAGAACCCACGAACAGCUGCAGCAGAGCUUCAGCAGGCACUUUCUCGCAUUUGUAGGCUCGGCAAUGGCCAUCUCGCUACAGAUUUAUUGCUGAAGUAUUACAACUUUCGUAUAGAAGCUGGAAUUCAUAGUUUACGGAGUUUGAAGUCAUUUCCUUGGGGAGUAUACAUAAGAGAGCUCUCAAAGUUUGUGUUUUCGAUGAUUUCUCAAGCAGCAAGGAGCUUUGUGAUGCUGCACGGAGAAACUUCCCCGUAUACUUCAGAACUCAUCCAAUGGGCCCAGAAGGAAACUGAAGCGUUUACUUCUAGUUUUGGUGCAUACAUCAGGUCAAUCUCAGAAUUAAGUGGGGGGCUGUGCACUGUGGUACAGUCUCUGCAGUUUGCCGUUUCAUUUUGCUCCCUAUUAGAAGCUCAAAAAUUAGUAUUGACGCCAUACUUAAUCCAGCAAAUACAUCCCUGCAUGGAGGAGGCUUUGGAUACAUAUAUAGAGCAUUUUAAGAAAGUGGUUGCCAUCUUCACAGCAAGUGAUUCUUGGAUUUUGGGCAAAUAUCUUGUGUCCGGAAUAUUGGUAGAGAGCUGUACGUCCGUGUUUGUCAGUGAUCGAACAGAGUAUUGCUUGCUCACUAACAGUGGUCGGAAGUUGAUGACCCUGUUACAGGCUAUUGCUCAAGAUGUUUCACCUUUAGCUGCCCAUGAAAUGGAAAGUUCUACAAUCAAAUGCCUAACCGAUCUUUUCAUGGAAUAUAUAUCAUCUACUGAAAAGGUUAUAAAUGGUGACACAGGCCAUCUUGACAGAGGGAAAGAUGAUCGUACAGUCAGUUCUAUGGAAACACUGAUGAAUCAUAUCUCCAUUCUAUUCAAUUUGUUAACGCUGGAGUGUUUGUUCUCAAGAAUUAUUAGAAGCAUCUUAAAUUGCAAGAGCCAGAGAGAUAGCUCAAACAUGGAUGAGCACGAUGUGCUUGAUAAUUCUUUCUUGUCUAUUCAAGAGGCACUCGGUAGAGUUAGAUCCUGCUUCUGCCAGCAGUACAUAAGUAGAAUAAUGUCCAACCAGAACCGCCGCAGAAUUAGUUCGAAAGCUUCCUCUGGUGAUCCAAGUGAUUCUGUUGUAUCUCAUGAUGCGGGGCCAUCAAUUCCCUUGCAGGUGUUCUUCUUGGAACUCAGGAAAAUCCGAGAACUUGCUGAAGAGGUAGUUGAGGUUAGUUGGAUGAGGGAGCUGUUGAAGGAUGUGAUAGAGGCCAUCUUUGAUUGGAUUACGGGCAAUCAAGUGAUCUCAACUCCUCAUGAAGAGAAAUUGACUCUCCAACAUUUUGAACCUACUCAAGAUCAGUUUAUUUUGGACGUGCAAUUUCUUGUUGAAAUUGCAAAGCACGGAGAAUACUUCUCGGAGAACCCCUUUGCACUUGAGAAGCUCAGAGAAUCUUCUUUUCUUUCUGUUGGAUUGGAUCCUGAAAGGGACACAAAUGAAGAUGAUUGGGCUAUAAUUGCUGCCGGAGAAGCAAUAGAGAAGCUGCUGCAGAUAGAGGAAGAGGAGGUGUCUAGAUCUGAACCAGGUGGUGCUGUCGAAGGAGAAAUCGAACCUUUUAAACACAAAUCAGUUCAAGAUGAUUGCUUAAGCUCUAGGGAAGAUUCUACCGGAUCAGAUGAAUGUGCAGGAGGUAGAGAUGCAUCGUUGGUGAUCAGAACUGCUGAUGCCUUCUAUGUGCCCGACACAGAAGCCGACGCUGCUGGUGACCUUGACCAUCCCAGUGAAGAGGGAAUACACGGGGGCGAGGGGAGCUCGAGAAUGCCUGGUCGGGAGUUAUUUGAUACGGAGCUGACAGGAGAGGCGGCUGUCAAAGAUCAAGGCGAAAACGAAGUUCUUCUUGACUGAAUAUGGGAUUGAUCUCCGUGAGAGACCAAGAACUGCAGGAAUUGUUAGUUGUAGGCCGGUUUGUGUCUAGGAGUAAUAUUUUCACAUGACAGAUGGUUCAUUUUCGAGUUUAAUAAAAAAUUUCCGAUGUUUUGGCA